AUGGCAGAGCAAGAAGAACACCAAUAUCAUCCCAAGGAUGCGAUAGGCGAGACGAUCCGUGCGACCCUGGCGACCGGCGGUGCAGGUCUGUUCGUGUCGUCCAUCCAGAACACCCUCAAAAAGCAGAAUGUCGGCGCAUUGGGUGUCUUUACACGGACGGGAGGCACAAUCGCAGCUUUUGCUGGUAUUGGAGGAGCAUACGCAUUCGCCAAGACAGCAUCAGCAAACCUGAGACAGAAGGACGAUAGCUGGAAUAAUGCUAUCGGUGGCUUCUUCGGUGGAAGUGUGCUUGGUCUGGGAUCCCGCUCCUUGGCAGCGUCUCUGGGUUACGGCGCAGGCUUCGCAGUCAUUCUAGCUGCUUUCAACUAUACAGGUGGGCGAUUUAUGGGAACAAGACUUGACGAUGGAGUAGAUGAGGUCAGCCGGAAAGAGUACAUGCGGAAAAACAGGAGACGGCCGAUUGAGGAGACCAUAAAUGAGCUGGGAGAGGGAAGAGGCAUUUACGGACCAGGCUAUGAGCAGCGAAGAGCAGAGCGCAUCAAGGAGCGAUAUGGAAUUGAUGUGCCGGUGCAGUCGACCGCAUAA